GCCAAAUGCGGAAGCGGCUUUAGCAGGCGUGGUGAACCGGAGAUGUUGGCAAAACCUGCAGAACGUGCGUUCAACUGUCAGUUCUUUACGCGUGCUCUUUUAGUUACCAUCGAGGUGCUUGCUUCUUCUUUGUGGCGAUGCCAUGCCAAUAGUGGUACGGUUGUAGAUUUUUGCGCGUAUUUUUGUCACAUAAGAAUAUUGUAUCAGCUUUUAAAUGUGAUGUGUUCGAUUUUUUAGGACAUAAAUAUUAUUUAGUUUUUUAAUAUGGACAUACUUCAAAAAAUGGAUUCCUUUUACCGGCACCGCAGGAUAUCAUUUCCAAAAAGGACCAGUGAACUUAUAGCACUUAUGGCGAUAUCUACAACACUCUUUCUUUUUUUGCACACUAGGGAUUUAAAUACGAAACUAAAAGAAAUGGAAGUAAAAUUGCAGCCAGAUGAUAUAAUAACUUCAAAUCAAUUGAUUUCUGGAAAUAGUGCUCCUGGUGUAAAAGCUAUGAUGAAAUUACUACAAAGCACUGGAGAGAUGACUACACUUGAACCUUUCCAGCUAAAUAACACAAGAAAGGCCCAGCACAAUAUAGUUUUCUUUAACCGAGUCCCAAAAGUAGGAUCUCAAACUUUGAUGGAAUUGAUUAGAAGACUGAGUAUAAGAAACGACUUUGGAUUUCAUCAAGAUCGAGUCCAGAGAGUAGAAACUAUCAGAUUGGCACCGGAAGAUCAAGAAGAGUUAUCUGGAUUAGUAUCGAGCUAUGAACCCCCCGGAGUAUACAUUAAACAUGUUUGUUUUACAAACGUGUCAGCGUUUGGUUACCCAGAGCCAAUUUACAUUAACUUGGUUAGAGAUCCGGUUGAAAGAGUAAUAUCAUGGUAUUAUUACAUCAGGGCACCUUGGUAUUAUGUGGAAAGAAAAAUUGCAUUUCCAGAUAUUCCACUGCCGGAUCCAAAAUGGUUAAAAAAAGAUUUUGAAAGUUGUGUUCUUUCUGGUGAUAGAGAAUGUAGAUACCUUACCGGAGAAAUCCGCGAAGGAAUUGGUGAUCACAGACGUCAAUCGAUGUUCUUUUGCGGACAUCAUGCCGAUUGUCUUCCAUUUAAUACCGACGGCGCUUUGGAAAGAGCAAAAAGAGCCGUGGAGCAACAUUAUGCAGUUGUAGGUGUCCUGGAAGAACUCAACACCACAAUGAGGGUAUUGGAAAAAUAUGUUCCCAGAUUCUUUCAAGGAGCAUCAGAUGUGUAUUGGAAUGAAAUAAGCCGAUUUAAUCCAAUCAACAAAAAUUCCUUCAAGCCUCCAGUAAAUGAAGAAAUAAAAGAAAUUGUUAGAAAAAAUUUUACAAAAGAAAUUGAAUUUUACGAAUUUUGUAAACAAAGAUUGCAUAAACAAUAUUUGGCACUAAAAUUGCCAGAAAAGCCUUAAAAUUAAAAAUAUAUAUAUUGUUGAAUAUUUUGAUAUUAAUUUAUUUACAUUUUGGAAACUGGAACACAUCUAAUCAUUUAAUUUUAAUUAUAAGGUCUAUUUAGCAUAAAAGCCGGGCUUCGAGUCUAAAUCCUUUAAAGGAUAACUCAAAUUCAUAAAAGUUUCAUUUGAAAACUUUUAACUAGCACGUUUGUAUUUAAGUAAUUCGAAUAAAAAUUGGCAUUAUAUUGACGUUUUGACAAACAGUAACAUUUUUAUGAAAUUUAAUGUUUUUA